AUGUUUAAUGCUCAUAAAAAUGAUGAAAGUGGUGCUCAAUCAAGAAAUGAGCCGCGUCUCUUGACAUACAACUUUUUUAUGAGACCCCCACUUAUUAAAAAUAAUUUUAGCGACUAUAAAGAAUUUAGACUUGAAUAUUUUAUUAGGAAUGUAUUAAAAGAAUAUGAUAUAAUAUGUUUGGAAGAAAUGUUUCAAUUUGGAAGUAGUCGUCGUACUCGACUAUUAGAAGCUGCUCGUAAAGAAGGGUUUAAUUAUUCUCUGACCUCACCUUGCAACACAGUGUUUAAUUUAGCUAUUGAUGGCGGGUUAGUUAUGCUGAGCAAGUUCCCUAUUAAAGAAAGAGAUAUACUUAUAUAUCCAAGUGGGGUUCAUUCUGAUAGAUUUUCUGAUAAAGGAGCAUUGUAUGCAAAAAUAGAGUUGGCUCAAAACAACGUUAUCCAUCUUUUUAUGACCCAUACUCAAGCUUCUUAUGUAUCAGCACCACCUUUAACGGAUAAAUCCGUACUUGUUCGUCAGGAACAAUUAUCACUUCUUCGUAAAUUUAUUGAUAAAUGUACUUUAAAUGCAUUACCCGAAGAACCGAUUAUUCUAGUUGGUGACUUGAACGUUAAUUCACGUCCACAGCCUGAUUCUUCUAAUGUCAACGGAGAUACUGAUGAAUAUUUAAACAUGAUUAAAAUUUUGAGCGGUGAAGGAAUUGAAGCUAAUCAAAUUGAUGCAUCAGCUUCUCCUGAUAAACGUAUAUAUAAUAAUUCCAAAAUAGUUGGUGUAAAAGAUGUGCUUAAAGAGCGGUAUGAACAUCAUCCAAUCACAUUUGGUGAUGUAAUUGUUGCUGAUGAUGGAACUGUAAGUCCAAAAGAAACAGUUCUAACAGGAAAAGAUGAUUUGCUUGCUCAGGCCAGUUUGGAUUACGUCCUCUUGAUUGGCACAGAUCAAUCAAAAAAACGAGUUACAAUCGAUAUUCAGAGAACUCGUGUUGAAGAAUUUUUCGUGAGUGACGCUUCAGUCACUCAAUUAUCCGAUCAUUACGGUGUUUCUACAUGUCUCAUUAGCUCUUAA